UGAUUUACAAUUCCGUUUGGAAACGAAACUGGAGAGCAGCGACGACUUCGACGAGAUGGUCUUUGAACGAGCUACAAGAGAGUCGCGUUAACAGAAUAACUAGAGAGGGAGAAGCGAUGGCGUGCGCCCAGGUGCCACUGGAUGAGCAGCAGGUGACCGAGCCGGGCUCGCUGGGGAAAGAGCAAACGCUGCCGGCGCUGCACCCGGCCAGGAAGGAGGAGCGCUGCUUCGUGCCUUACAAAUCCCCGCCGCAGGACGGUGAUCCCGCCGAGGCGGAGGAGUUCAUGGAACAUGCCAAAUUCAUCACGGAGGACCUGGACUGGCUGCUGGCGCUGCCCCAUGACAAGUUCUGGUGUCAGGUGGUGUUUGACGAGUCUCUGCAGAGGUGCCUAGACUCGUACCUGCACCACGCUCCCCGCAGCCUCGACCUCGCCCCGCUGCCCUCCUCUCCGGCGGUGGUCGAGAUGCAGCGCUCCGUGCACCGGGCCGUCUUCUUGACCUUCCUCCGGAUGGCCACGCACAAAGAGUCCAAGGAGAACUUCCUCACCCCUGCGGUGUUUGGAGAAAUUAUCUAUGAGAACUUCCUGUUCGACAUUCCCAAAAUCCUGGAUCUUUGUGUGCUCUUUGGGAAAGGGAACGGUCAGCUGCUGCACAAGAUGAUAGAGAACAUCUUUACGCAGCAGCCGUCGUACUACAGCGACCUGAUUGAGACGGUCCCCACCGUGGUACAGGUAUUCGACACCAUCCUGGAAAAGUGUGGUCUCCUCUGUGAGGCCGCGGAGCCGCUGAAGCUGAAUGCACACAAACAGCCCACUGCCAUGACCAUGAGCCAGCAGGACCUCGUGGACCUCGUCCUCUACCUGUGUGACUCCACCACCACCAUCCACGCCUUCCUGGACAUCUUCCCCACCGCCUGCUCCAGCUUCCACGCCGACGGCUUCCUGGCCAGACUGACCUCGUUCUAUGAGGCCGCCGUGCCCGACUUGGAGAGGGCGGUGAGGAAGAGGAGCUUUGAGGACAAAGGUCUCCAGGAGGACUUGUGGAAGAGGUUGUCUCACUCCUGCCGUCAGAUCGUGGAGACGGCUCACCUGCUGCUGCACCACAGCUGCCUGCAGCCCAUCCUGGAGGGGGGAGAAAACAUGCAGACCUUUGCGGAGGAGCUCCUCCAACAUUUCACCUCUUUUUUACCAGAGAAAAGGUUCUUGUCGGACUACGACGAGCAGUUCCCCAUCGCCGACGACAUCAGCCUCCUGCAGCAGGCGCUGCCCGCCAUCGAUGAGACCAGGACGUCCUACCUGCUCCAGGGGGUGCAGAGCGCCUGGGACGGGGUGGGGCGGCGGAGGCCCCACGGCCAGACUCGGCCCCGGGGGACAGCGGGUGGUGCUGGUGGUGGGGCCUCCUCAUCGAGCUUUAAACUCCAGGAGCCAGAAGGAGGAGAGAGCCUGAAGGGAGCGGAGGCCCCGACGGCUGUUCCCCAAACAGGAGGCGAUUCUGCUGGCUGCAUGGUGAGUGAGGCGGAGCUUGAGUCUCUGCUGUCGGUCAUCAGGGAGCUGCUCCCCGAGCUGGGUGAAGGGUUCCUGCUGCGCUGCCUGCAGCAGUACGACUACAGCUCCGAGCUGGUCAUCAACAACCUGCUGGAGGGCCGGCUGACCCCCGCGCUGGAGCAGAUGGACCGGGCCAUGCCCAGGCCAGUGAAGGAGAAGGUUCCAGAUGUUCUGGACGUCAGGUCCAACGUGUUUGACGACGAUGAGUUUGACGUGUUCCGCCGUGAGCAGGUGGACAUGUCUCGCGUCUGGAAGGGCCGGAGGAAAGGAGAGAACGCUCGCGAGAUGCUGAACGACAAGCAGCACAUCGCGCAGCAGAAGGCUCGGUACCAGGCCUACGAGACGGUGGUGGACGAGGUCGUGCUGCAGCCGGGGGAAACGGGCGAGGCCUACGCGGUGGAUGCCUACGACGACGAGUACGACGACACCUAUGACAUGAGCCAGGUGGGCGCCAACGACCUGGACGGGGACAGCCUGCUGAGCAGAAGGCCUUUCACGAUUCCACAGAUCCUGAGAAAAGGAAACAAACCAGAGUUGGAGGAGGAGGGUGAAGAUGAAGAGGAAGAAGAGACACUGCAGAACAAUGUGAACCGGGACCAGUUUGUCCAGGACCCGGCGCUGCUGAGGGAGCGGGCCGAAGCCAGGAGAGCCGCCAUGCAUCAAAGGAAAGGUUUCCGUCCGGAGCCGCGUCCCAGCGGCGUGGUGGGUCAGCCCAAAGGUCAAGGCCAGAACAAGGAGACGCUCCUGGACCGCCGCAAGAAGGAGGCGCAGAAGGGCCGCGGGGCCAACCACAACCGCCGCAACAUGGCUGACCGCAAGAGGAACAAAGGGAUGAUCCCCUCGUGACCUGCCGGCUGCUCGGGAGGAAGGACAGGAGGAAAGGAGGAAAGGAGAGCCGAGGCGUGAGAACAACCAAAGUCACUGUGCCACGGAAGGUUUUGAGUUCCGUUAGCUUGCAGACUUUUGUUAGCGGCUUAUUUAAAACUCUGAACGUCUGAUUUUAGGGACCCGGCGCCCCCCGAAGGACCUUCACCCCUCUGGAGGAAAUUAUUUUUCUUUUUAUAGCUCGUUUUAAAAGUCUCGAGGACAAAGAGUAAGAUCCUUUCUUUUUUUUUGCCAAGUAACAAAUCAGUUUAUUAUUUUUAAGAUGUUUCUUUGACAUCAUCAACAUCAUCAUCAUCGAAUAGAAAACAUAGGAAUAAAAGGAAGAUGCUGUGUUUCCUUCUGUAGCUGGAAGGACAACGGCCCGGUGAUGGAGGCUGCUGGACAUCAGCUGCACGUGGCGUUCAAGUGCAUCGGGAAUUUCACUCGCUGGUUUCCAGCCUACGUAUAAAAAAAAAGUACAGGGAGAGGGGUCGUCUCCCUCGUGGCCAUUUAGGACCCUCCUCAAGUCGCCAUGCACAGAAUAUUUUAUAUGUGGAGAACAGAUCUAUCGGAGCAUUUUGUAACAAAUUUAAAAAAGCCCCCACACAUACGUUGCAUAAAAAGAGAAAACAUAAAAUAAAUACAAUAACACUGUU